AUGGACGCAUUCGGAGUACAUGGUCUCCGACUUCCGGGAUGGCUAUUGUAUACAUCUCUGGUCUACUGCCUUCUGGGCUCCCUGGGAACUCAUCUGGUUGGGCAGCGGCUGAUUGUUCUUGAUUACGCGGCUCAGCGAGUUGAGGCGGACUUUCGAUCGGAUCUUAUCCGAAUCAGAGACCAUGGCGAGGCUGUGGCGAUGCUCCAUGCGCAAG